AUGAGAGAGCUCAUCAGUCUUCUUCUGGCUCUAUGCUUGGGUUUGGGGAUUGGAACUAUUCGAGAGAGCAUCCCAAUGCAGACCCUGCAGUGUUAUAACGACUACAUAUCUCUUACAACUUGCACAUGGAUGGAGUGUUCAGAGGCUCAUCAAUUCGUGAAUGUGACUCUGAACUUGAACAACUGCUGUGAAGAGAACAAAGAAAUGACCUGCAAGUCCCACAAAGGUGAAAACCACGCUGACUGCCAGAACUUCACAAUGCACUGGGUGUGUCACAUCCAUGAAUAUGAUCAAGAAAACUACAGCUUCAAAUUUGACCUGACACUACACGCAGAGCUAACUGUCUACUUGUUUCAGAAUGUUCAGACCCUCCCACCUCAAAACCUCUCAGUCAGCUUGAUGAGAUCAGGAGACUUCUUACUGACCUGGAAAGCAGCUGAUGGAAGCCAAGGGCUGGGCAACGUGCUGGAGUAUGAAGUCACUUACAAGCGGGAGUGGGAGUCCUGGGAGAAAGCUGCCUCGCUCUUGCUCUCCAACACCACACGUUGCCAUCUCAGCCGCGAGGACCUAGUCCCGGGGAGCAGGUACGUUGCCCGUGUGCGAGCCAGACCGGGGCAGGCCAGUGGCUUCUCUGGGCAGUACAGCGAGUGGAGCGUGGAGGCGUCAUGGGAGACCCCUGAAGGUGGCCUUCAGCCCAGGAACCUUCGCUGCCUCUUCAAUGGUGCAGAUCGUCUGACGUGCAGCUGGGAAGUGAAGAAAGCGAUCAUCACCUCUGUCCUCUUUGGCUUGUUCUUCAGGGCCACUCCGGCAUCAGUAGAAGAAGAGUGCUCUCCUGUGCACGAGAAGGCUUUGCCCCACAUCCCGUAUGUGGUGCAGAGCUGUGAGAUCCGUGUUAGCAACUCCAGCAGUCAGAGCCAGUACCAUGUGUCUGUCCGGGCCAAGACGGAGGAGAAACUGAUUGAAGCCUACAAGAACAUUAAGGUGCUGCCGCCUGCAAAUGUGUCAGUAACAGUGACAGAGAACCAAGAGUAUGAACUGAGGUGGAUAAAACACGCUUUGGGAUAUAGCUCCAUAAAACAGAGAUACCAAGUCGAGUACUGGAAAAACAACCAAUACAAAAAGACUCCCCAGAAGUUAAAUAUCAGCAACGAUGAACCUCCCUUCAUCUUCACCCUGCAGAUGCUGGCAUCAUCUACAGAAUAUAGGGGGAAAAUGCGUGCUAGGGUGAAUACGCCUCUAGAUUAUGAGGGGCCUUGGAGUGAAUGGAGUGAGGAGUUCACCUGGAAGACUGAGAAUGUUCUGCCACCAGUGAUGCUCCCAGUGAUGCUCCCUGCUCUCAUCAUCACUUUCCUAAUAGUUGCUUAUUGCAGCUAUAAGUAUUUCCUCAGGAAGAAGAAAAUGUGGGAGGAGAAGAUUCCGAACCCCAGCAAGAGUCUCCUGAUCCAGAGCUACCUGGGGAAAGUACGCUUAGGAAACUGGCCAACAAGCAGCCAGCUGGACUUCAACAAAUACAACCUUUCAGAGAAGAUGGAGCAGGCUAGCUUCCUUCAAGUUGUGGACAGGCAGACGAAGACUUUGGCGGAGUUCCCUGAAGGGCAGGCUAAGAAGACAGAGGUUUCUCCUGUUGCACUGGACCUACAGAACUCAUACCAAGCUUUAAAUGAGCCAGAGCAUGCCCCAGUUGCCUGCUCAAGUCAGAUUGCUGGUCAUUCCUUUCCUGUUUCAAGGAGAAACAGUGCUGAUGCAAGUAUUGCUUCCAAGACAGCAAUCCCUUGCUUUGCUUUCAAUGGUCCAUACUUGUACAGCCCCGUGAUGUCCUCCCAGCCUGAUAUGCAGGCGACCCUGGAAGUGGACCCCGUGGGAGCGCGUGAGAAAUCAGUUUCCCUUCAGUAUGUGACCCUCCCAAAGGAAGACUGUCCCCAGGCUCCACAGAGGCAAGAACAGCCAGGAGCAGGUCCUCCACAGCCCCUCCUGCUCCCAGAUCAGAAGGAAACGAUGCAGCGCCUCGACGACGAGAAAGAAGUCUCACCGGCCCCACCAGCCUGUGGGAAAGGCACGAACGUGAGAACAGAAGAGCAGAAAUCUCCAAAGGCUCUUAGCUGUAUCACAUCUCCUCAGCAGUGCUCCUUGGAGUACCUCACCACAGAGAGCCUGUUACUGCCAUCAGCCAGCGACUCCACCCGUCCGCCACUUGUCACUGCUGGGGAGUUACCUUGUGACUCACAGGAGCCCCAGCCCUGCAGCGACCACCCUUGCCAUGAGUUUUCUCCUGGGAAAACUGGUGUCAUGGUCCCAGUUUCAGGUCAAGCACCAACCUCUUCUCCUGAAUUGCACCUGGAUACAUUUGGAGACUAUCUUACUGUCCCUUUAGGUCUCCAUGGACAUUCAGAACCUGCAAAAAUGUCUUUACAUAUUUUUUGA